GCUAAAUUUUUCUUCGCGUGCGUGUCUCGAAAAGUUGCAGUUUUGCAUUUUUUGUACAUUUUUAGUUGAACGUGCGCCAAAUAUGGCAAACUCCACACAGGUUAUCAAGCUGGAGGACUCCAACGAGGAGAACCAGCCAGAAAUAUUUGAAAUAAAAGAUGAAGAUGAUAUUUGUGAGCUGGAGCAUUUGCGUAAGCUGUUCAUUGGCGGCCUGGCACCCUACACCACUGAAGAGGGCCUCAAAGUCUUCUACUCGCAAUGGGGCAAAGUGGUCGAUGUUGUUGUGAUGCGAGACGCCGCCACCAAACGUUCGCGUGGCUUCGGCUUUAUAACCUACACAAAGUCCGCUAUGGUUGAUACUGCGCAAGAGAAUCGUCCGCAUAUCAUCGACGGCAAAACUGUGGAGGCCAAAAGAGCGUUGCCACGCCCGGAGCGCGAAACACGCGAAACAAAUAUCUCGGUGAAAAAGUUAUUUGUCGGCGGACUGAAGGACAAUCACGAUGAGGACUGUUUGCGUGAAUACUUUCUGCAAUUUGGCAAUGUGGUGUCUGUUAAAUUACUAACUGACAAGACCACAGGCAAGCGACGAGGCUUCGCAUUCAUUGAGUUCGAUGAUUACGAUGCCGUGGACAAAGCAAUACUUCAGCGACAACAUUCAAUUAAAUACGUGCUCGUCGAUGUCAAGAAGUCCAUCUACAAUCUGGAAAAGAAAGACCGUUUGCCCCAAGGCCCCGCGGCCAAUGGGAACAAGCUGCAACAGCAGCAGCAUCAGCAACAACAACAGCAACAGCCGCCCAAGGCAAAUAUGCCGCCAAACGGUGGCUACCGUCCCCCAGUGCCUCCACCGCAGCAAAUGCCGCCGUAUCAGCAUCAACCGCCGCCGCCGCCAAUGUCGGCGCCGCCACCAAACUACAACUAUUGGGGACCCCCGCCCCCCAUGCAACCGUAUUAUCAGCAACCGCCGCCACCGCAAAUGAACGCUUGGAAUGCCUAUCCUCCUGCCCAGAACGGGUGGAAUGCACCGCCGCCGCCACCUCCCGGCGCACAGCAAUGGCAUGCCCAGCAAUGGGGCGGACCACCAGCGGUCCAGCCACCCACACCUGGUGUGCCGCCGGUGAAUCAUCAUCGCAGUGGUCCGCCACCGCCUGCAGUGGGUAAUUGGAAUAUGCCAGCAGCAGCAGCACCUCCAGUGCCCGGUUCCAUGCCACUGACGCAGGGUCCGCCGCCGCAUCAACAGCCACCACCGCCACAGCAGCAGCAGGCGGCGCCACCCAACUUUGGCAGCGGCUAUCAGCAGAACUAUGGCGGUGGACCGACCAAGCAUAACAACAUGAAUGGCAACCGCAUGAAUCCGUAUACCGCAGCACCGCCCAGCAACUAUCAUAAUGCACAGCCUCCAGCGCCUGGCUAUGCGCCAUACAAUGCAGCUGCUCCGCCACCAAGUGGCAAUGGUCCGACUUCGGGUCCAGUGCCUAAGAACGUGUCCAACGGUUCGGUGGCAACAGGCGCGAGCGCCAAUAGCAAAUAUCGUCGUUAGAUUAUUGGGUUUUGUUUCAUUUUGGGUAAGUAAAGCCAAGAGGCUGAUCAACUGAUCCUGAUUUUCUCCCGCCUGAUUUCGCCAUACGUCAUUGUUGUGGUACGUUUCAUGUGUAGUACAAUUAAAGCAAUGCUUAAGGUACCAGAUACUGACUCUUAUGGUUCCUCUAUCUAUCUAUCUAUUACUAUACACACAAAUAUCUAUGUCAAUAAGUAUUGCGAAAGUACUAAUCUUUUAUAAUUCUCUUUAAUUUAGAUGCCUUUUUGUGUGUGCCUUAAGUGCAGCACAAAAGCUCAGAAACAGAUACAUGAUACAAGAUACAAAUUACAAGAUACAAGAUACAGUUACUGUUACUAAAACAAAAAAACAAAAACAAAAUAGGCUUGCUAUAAGCUAGGACACACACUCGCUUAGUAACUUAAACUUAAACUAAACAAUUACGAAAAGAAAACAAUACAAAAAAAGGAUCUAUCUAUAUAUUAACAGCGUUGUCUCUCUAUCUAUUUAUCUAACUGAGACUAGGACAACUAACUACAGUUUUUAAACACUUUUUUAAGCUCUCAUGUUAUUUAUUAAAUGAUUGAUACCCAAUCUAUGCAUAUAUAUGUAUGAAUUAUAAUUAUAAGACACCAAAUAUUUGAUAACAAAAGAAAGUAUUUAUAAGAUCUACAAUUAUCUAUUACUUUAUUUUUUGCCCGAGACUACAACUGCAAGUUGUAGCCGUGAAUUGCGUUACACACACACAAACAUUUAAUUUAGAGAUUAACUUGCCAUGCCUUUCUUUUUUUUUUGAAACACCAUUUGGCUUUAUUUCAAUACAAUACAAUUACAUAUAAGCUAUUACUACUAUUGUAAACUUAUGCAAAUUAGUGCUCUCUCUCUAUUCCUCUCCACCUUACUCUCUUUUCAUUAUAUUAUGUAUUAUAAUGUUUAAGUAUGCCUCUAAAAUGUAACUCAGUCUAUAAAUUGAAAUCAAAGCAAAUCAAAUGAAGCAAAACCCGAUCCAAACAGUGCGAGGCUCAUCAACAAAAUGCCACUCGUAUUUUUGUAAACAAAUUAACAAAAAAAACAAAGCUAAAAUGAAAGCAAUACAAAAAAAAUUAGCAUUAGCAGCUAAAAGACACGUUUCACACUCAGCUUUAGCCAGAGCUUAUUCUAUAGUAUUUUAGUUAUUAGAAGCCUUAAAAUAAACUCGAAUCGGGAUCAACUUCGAGCAAAACAAAAACAAAAAAGAAAAACAAGUAAAGAUACGUCCAGUAAUAUAACAUGAUCAAAUCAAACGGAAAACUUGGUGAGCCACGCACUCUUUGUGGAUCCACAAAUAUUUACAUAUAUGUAUAACUAAAAUAAGGAGUUGAUAUCAAAAUUAAUGUCAAUUUUUUUACAAAACCAUAAACUGUAUAUAUACGCAUAUGUAUAUGACUGUCUGAUGAUGAUAAUAUAUAUAUAGAAUACACUCUACUCCUCCUUCCCCCGAACAUUAUGUUAAGCUCUGAACGGUUUCCUCACACUGAAACUCAUUUUGCAAAGAAACGCAACUUCGAUUAAUAUUAACAAAUAAACAGAAAAAGAAGAAAAAAAUGAUAUAAAACACAAAUGAAAUGAAUUAACUAAGAUGUGCGACAAUUGAUGAAAUUAUUUAAUGUACGAGUAUUUAUUAUUGUGUUAUAUGAAAUGAAUGAACCACGACAUUGAACUCUAAGUUUAGAAUUAAUUUCGAUAAUCAUAGAACUACUGAAGUAUAGAUGUUUGCUUUAUCUAUCUCUCUUAUAUAUACACAUAUGUAUCGUCUUAAUCUCUCGAUAUUAUUGAUAUGCUUAAGUUUUGUAGCGCACGCCAAAGGCUUUUUCAAAAUGAGUUCUACAACGUAAAUUACACAAUAUGCAUAUGUAUUUAACCGAUUUCGAUCUAUUAAUUAUGUAUGGGGUAACUAAGAGAGCGUAGUCCCUAUUUUCGCAGCUUAAUUUAGCACUAAUAAUAAUGAUAAUGAUUCAACUAUAUAAUAUAAAUUUAUGAAGCAAAAAAAUACAAAAAAACAUAUGAAUAUAUAUAUAUUUAUUUUUAAAUAAAUAAAUAAAUUAAAACCCACACUAUGUAUCAAUAUUUAUUUGAGCUGUCCAAUAAAAUAGCUGACUAUUUAAGUAAGUCUACUACUACUACUACUACUACUACUUAACUUAACAGUUAGUUAAAACAGUUUAGUUAAUCGUAUCGUAUGCAUAUCCCAGAUCUAGAUUCAACCGCAAGCAAAUUAUACUUUUCCAUAGUUUUAACUUCUCGUAUGUAUAGAAAGGUAAGUAAUUCGGUUUUUCACUUCUCUUGGCUUAUCCCAACAAAUUUACCCAAUGCUUAAGUAACGCUAUCAAUUAUAAUAAUAUUAGUCUUACAAAUAUCCAUCUAAUUCUAUUACUGUUUUUCGUUUCCAACAUUCAAAUCCUUGAGCACCUCGGGACGAAUACUCAACCCAAAUCACAGAGUCCUCUUUAAAACCUAUUCUCGACGUUUAGGUAAGUUUAUUUCCAACUACCUCAUGCCUGUAUUUGAUUGAUAUAAAUGGAUGCAAUAAAAUCAAAUCGUAUUUGAGCAAGAAAAU